GACGCGGGCACUGCGAUUUUCCGCGCAGGUGGCACGGAGAUGGAGUUGGCCAUCAAUAAUGUCACUUACAAUCUUACGAAUUUGCCUGCAGAAGAGGUCGCGAGACUUAGACACAUGAAGGUACACGAAGAACAUCGUGGGCACGAGACAAUGCACUUGGAAAUGUUCCUUAUAGCAGUGUUCUCUUCCUUUGCCGCCCAGUUUGCCUUGAUGGCCUGGAAGAAAUAUCACUAUAAGACAUACCAUAGGGCCACGCUUCUUGGUAUGUGGGUCUUUCCGCUGAUAUAUAGCAUAUAUAUGGUUUACGUACGCUUCGUCAUCGUUUGGAGUCUUUUCUCACUUAUGACCGGGGUUAUGGUGUAUCUAAGUUCGCGACCUCGCAUCAGCACAUCUACACCAAGGCGUGUUUACUGGUGGUUUCUUCUGCUGCACAAGAUUUUCUACACCCUGUCAGUUGGAGGCUAUGUGGUUAUCCUGCUAGCUAUAUUCCUGCCGGACCUCAUUCCACCAGAAGUGGCCUUCGUGCACGGUGGUUUUGCCAUGCUUUAUGGUAUCUAUUUUGGCCUGAUUGCGCGAGACUUCGCUGAAGUCUGCACCGACAAAAUGGCUGCUCAUAUUGGCUACUACAACGCCGACGGGAUGCCGACCAGGCGCAUUGAUCCGGGCGUCUGCGCGCUCUGCACUAAUAUCUUGCAAAACGAUGAUAUUGAAAAGAAGUACCGGCUAAACUGUUCUCACGUCUUUCACGAAUUUUGCUUGCGCGGGUGGUGCAUCGUUGGCAAGAAGGACAUCUGCCCUUACUGCAAGGAGAAGGUCAGUCUAUCGAAGAUGAUUAAGAACCCGUGGGAGAAACCCCAUAUCCUCUUUGGAAAUUUCCUGGACGUGGUUCGAUACCUGAUCGCUUGGCAACCCCUCAUCCUUUUCACUGUCCAUGCCGUCAUCUAUCUUCUUGGCUUAAAAUGA